CUCCGGCCCGGGCUGCGCGUCCGUCCGUCCGUCCGUCCGUCCGUCCGUCGUGCUGGGAGCUCGCUGCCUCCUUGCCUGGCUAGCACCGUCCGGCAGCUGCGAGCGCGCGCGCGCGGGACAAGGGGCACCACCAGGGGGGCCCGUCCAGUCCCGACCCGGGCGCAGGUCGUGAGCGAGGGGCCAGGCGCGGAGACGACGCGGCGCCCACCAUGGUGGCCACGUGCUUGCAGGUCGUGGGCUUCGUGACGAGCUUCGUGGGGUGGAUCGGCAUCAUCGUCACCACGUCCACCAACGACUGGGUGGUGACCUGCGGCUACACCAUCCCCACCUGCCGCAAGCUGGACGAGCUGGGCUCCAAGGGGCUGUGGGCCGACUGCGUCAUGGCCACGGGGCUGUACCAUUGCAAGCCCCUGGUGGACAUCCUCAUUCUGCCGGGCUAUGUACAGGCAUGCCGAGCUCUGAUGAUUGCAGCCUCAGUCCUGGGUCUGCCGGCAGUUCUCCUGCUACUGACGGUUCUCCCCUGCAUCAGAAUGGGCCAUGAGCCUGGUGUUGCCAAGUACAGGCGGGCCCAGCUGGCUGGUGUUUUGCUCAUUCUAUUGGCUCUCUGUGCCAUUGUCGCCACCAUCUGGUUCCCUGUGUGUGCCCACCGUGAGACCACCAUCGUGAGCUUUGGCUACUCCCUAUACGCAGGCUGGAUUGGUGCAGUGAUGUGCCUUGUGGGUGGCUGUGUCAUCGUCUGCUGCUCUGGAGAUGCCCAGUCAUUUGGUGAAAACCGUUUCUACUAUUCUUCGGGAUCCAGCUCCCCCACGCAUGCCAAGAGCGCCCAUGUAUAAGAGAGCUGGCAGCUUGCCCAAGAGGUGCUGUAGAUCUGGGUGCUUGCCCCCCAGGUUUUGCCUGUACAAGAUGGGGAAGCUCACUCCUCUGCCAGGCUCCAAAUUUAGAGUCUAGAAAAGCAUCCUGCCUGGCAUUUUAUCGUUUUAACAUCCUUCCCCCUUCGGUUGCCUUAAAGGAAAUCUUUAGCUCUUAUAAUGCCUACCUAUUUCUCUCUGUGUUGCCCACAUUCCUUUGUUACUCACUGAAAAGCAUACAUUUGUGUGUAUAUAUUUGCCUCUCUUUAAAUUGAAAUCUCUUGCAAAUGUUACUGUAUUGGGUGUUGUCUGAGAGGAAUAAAAGACACUUUUCAAAUGGUUACAGAUGACAAUGGGAGCCUCAUAAAGAUGCCUCUUUCUCUUCCCUCCUCUUCAGCUCCAAGGUCAUUUAGUUUAUAAGCAGUAGAAAACGAAAGCAUUGGGGACUUGCGGCGGGUGGGGGAGGGGUUUCAUGGAACUUGACCUCUUUGGGCAAGUUUCCUGUUUGUAAGUUGAGAGACCUUUUUUUUUUAAGUUUGUAAUUUUGCAUUUUUUCUGUACGUAAUUUUUUGAGAUCCAUCCUUUUUAUAACCACGGUUUUCCUGAAAAAAAAACUCAAUUCAUCAGUAUGAAGGAAAUAAACCAAUAAGUCUUUAAUUACACGAUAACCAUACAAGUGAGUAUCAUUCUAACUGACAUUCCAUAAAACAUUUUUGAUUUUCAGGUUUGUAUGACACAGUUUUUAAUCCUACAGUUGCAUUUGCUUCAAUGUAACACCCCUUUUUUCAUUCUCUCAGCCUUCUCAAAUGGUGUUGUUUAACAGACAUUUUACUGUUGAAAUUGGCUUUAUGGGUGUAAACAGAUGUUUAGUAUCUGUAUCUGAGACCCCAAAUGCUCCAAGCCUUGAUGGUGUGUUUUAUUCUUUAAGUGAAAUCUGUGCAAUAAAAUAACAGACUGUCUGCAAAA